AUUUCUCUGGUUUCAAUCGCCGUCAAAUAUGAUAAACUCACUCGACUUUCAUUGAAUGAAAAUCUAUAAUCAAGUAACAUACGGUUUUGUUUAUUACUUAGUAUAUGUGCUCUUUUGUUUCGUAAUAAUUAACAAUUUUGUUGAUUUAAGAUAAAUAUUUCACUAAUAUUUGAAAGAGAUUCUAUUCAGGAUAGACACCAUGGUGCAGCAUGAUACAUCAAGUUCAAGUGAUGAAAAUACUGGACCAAAUAUACCUGAUAUUCCAGCUAAAGGUAUUUCCACGGGAAAAUUUCGUCUGGUAGGCUGGGCUGUAGAUACUACAGGCCGAAGACUGAUAGAUGAAAUUGUCCAAAUAGCUGGCUAUACCCCAAACGAUACUUUUUCUCAAUAUAUAAUGCCCUUCUCUGAUCUAAGUCCCUUUUAUAGCCGUAAACACAACAUUAGGGUUUUCAACACGAUUAGGUACAGAAGAUUGAAGGACAUGAGGACUGGCCAGUUCCUUAAAACAAAAAGUGAGAUUUCAGCUCUUACUGAUUUUGUGCAGUGGUUAGAAAAAGUAAAGGGCGAUGCCGAAGGGGUAAUUCUAAUAUUUUACGAACUAAAAAAGUCAGUCCCGGGUAUGCUUUUAGAAGCACUUAGAAGAAAUAAUUUACUGGAGAGAUUUGAGAAGAUAUGUAAAGGUUUUGCCAAUGGAUAUAGCAUAGCCAAAACCAAGUGCCAAAGUAGUACAAAAACACAUAAUUUGAAAGUUAUGGUGCAAAUAUUACUGGGAAGAGAGAAUAUAGAUUCAGCCAAUGCUAACGAUAGGGCAUCUGCUGUAUAUGACAUUGCUGUACAUCUUGCUCAAGGAGAGAGAGAAGAGAUAGAAGGCAGUACUAAUAAGAUAACCACAGGAACUGAGCCAGAUCUUAUCGAAAUGGUGUGUCCUUAUACUAAUCCAAUUUCUGCAGAGGAAGAGGAAAUUGAAGGAUUUAAGGUUCUCCUUCAAAGACAAAAUACAUUUCGACCAGUGUUUCGUGAUUUUCUAAGAGCCAGUGCCUCUGAACGGCAACACGCUAGUCGUUUGAGAAGAUUGCUUGCUAUGAAUAAUAUUAACUAUGAUAAACUUAAGGAAGCCUAUGAGCAAGGCGCUAAAGAUGGAUUGGAUAAAAUCCUAAAAGAAGAGAUUGCUAACGCAAAAGAGGAAGAUCUUAACGAACUUCUAGAUAUCCUGGAUCGUUACUUUGAUCCUGACAAACAACCUGUCAAACCUAAAACCCCUUGGCGCAAUAACAAAUAUAAUAGGGGACCUAGACCUAGAUCUUUCGGAAAUCGUAGAUCAAACUCCAGAUCUAAAGGGAAUUCAGAUUCGAAAGGUGAAGAAUGUGUUACAGACAACAACACCAGUACUGAAAUUAACACCAGUACAGAUAACACGGCCAGUACCGAAACCAGCCCUCGAAGUGAGGAAAAAGUUAAAGUGGAAGUGCCUACUGACUAGCUGAACUAGUUCUACUAGUGCCUUUGAUUCUUAAACGUUUAGAGAACCAUUAUUUAACUGACUAACGUUUUUGUUUUUUUUUGUCUUAUUCUAUUUUUCACUGUUCAUUUUUUGUUAACAGAUGCCUUUUUAUUGCAAGGAUUAAUGCAUUUUUUUAAUAGAGGAUCUAAUAUAUUUUAUGUUGAGAAUUAUAAGUUUAUUUUUAUUUAAAGGAUAUAUUUUUGUGAUAAUAAUGGGUUACUUAUAUGUAGAUGCAAAUUAUUUGUUACCUGUUAUUUUAAAUGACUAAAAUAAAGAUUAUUAACUUAUGUUU